UUUUGCAGCCUUAUGCUUUGAUUCAUGAUUGGGAUCCCCCAUCGCCUUUUGCUCUGUCACAUUGCAAAUCUAACGACGCAACGUCUACCAGUGGCUUGAUUUGUGUUGUACAUAUGUCACAGAAUCGACUACGAGGCCACCUAAACCAUGCGUCCCUGGAUUGCGAACCGCGUACCCGAGCGGCCACUACUUUGGCAACGUCUGGCACUCGGCCUUGUGCGACAUGAAGCAUUUCGACGAUCCGCAAACGAUCCGAGCUUGCCUGAAGGAAAAGGAAAUUAUUCUACUCGGCGACUCAACCAUAAGACAAUGGUGGGAAUAUCUCAACGAGUUUGUCAGAGAGUUGAAACGUUUGACCCUGAAGACGCCUGGCAAAGGAAGACAACAGCCAAGGUUGGCAGUCGACAUCGAGCACAAUAUUUCCCUGCAGUGGUACUGCCACGCGUACCCGCUGAUCACGCAGGCCUACACAGUCACGCAGGACGCCUGCUACAUCGCCCAUCGCAUCGACGGCACCUUCGGUGGGAGCCAUACCGUGGUGGCCAUUUCCCUCGGCGCUCACUUCGUCGUCUUCCCCAUCGAGGUCUUCCGCAGGCGAAUGCAAAACAUCGGAGCUGCCGUGGCGAGGCUGCUGCUCAGAAAUCCCAAGACGAAAGUCGUCAUUAAGUUGGCCAACACCCGAGACUCGACCAACCUGGAAUUUUACAGCAACUGGAACACGUUUAGGAUUAACCAAGUUACAAUGGAGGUGUUCAAAGACAUGAAUGUGGCAUUUGUUGAUGCGUGGGACAUGACUGCGUCGAUAAACUCUACAGACAUCCACCCAAACAGAAUGAUCGUAAAGAACGAGGUGGAUUUGUUCUUAUCGUUCGUGUGUUAGCAUACGGGGCAGCAAUCGUCCUGCUUCGAACUACGUUUCAAGCGAAAGCAAGUCUCUGGUCGGCAUCUUCAGACUCGCUGUCGCGAGCGCGGAAUGUAAAUCACGAAGUGUGUGCUGGGACGCUGCCGUUGCUGCUGCUGGUGGUGGCGGUCUAAGGCACGGCUCUAGGACCGGCGUUACUUGCCAUAGGGACCCACGACGUUCAUUUCCACCAUCAUGGACCGAUGCACGAGGCAGAUUCCCCCUCCUGCCUGUGUUGGACUGGCGACGGACCGAGACAUCUCUAAAUGGCCAUCAGCGGGGCUUUGUCGACUUACUGUCAUGUCCAGCUUGAACCUUUUUUACUCAUGCACGUCCGUUGCAUUAAUUUAUUCUCUUUGAAAAAAAGGUUUCCGUUAUUGUCUUGUCUUUGUGAAUGGACGCUCGACUCUCCCACUGCUCACGCCAAUGCCAAGCUAACCAAUCACUCCCUCGGCUCUGCACCGUUUACAGCUUGUGCAUCAAUGUCACCCGUUAAGAUGAUGUCAUGCACCUCGCCCUCAUUUAGCAGUUAAUUUUUUUUCAGUGCUUGUGUGUGUGGUGUAAAUAUUUGGGAAUUUCUUAACUUGCAGUGGCUUUAGAGUCUUAGCGUUUACUGGGCAACUCUGCCCGAUGUUCUCACCAUAGGAACAAAGAACCCCACUCCUCCUUAAUGGCUGCCACCUGUCUCUCGAUAACGGAAAAUGCUUCCACUCUUGACAAGUGUGAAGAUGUACCCUAUCAUUCUCACCUCGCUGAGACCAAUUUAUUCGUCUCAAUCCUGUCUCCACAUCGCAAAGGUUUGCUUCUUAAAAGUUUGCAGCAAUGGUCGAAUCAAGAUGGCUUCCUGCUCUUGCUGAAAAUUCUUAUAAUCUCCGAUCUCAUUAAGGCAGAGUUAUAAUAAUGAAAGUGUUCCGUGGUUUUGUAAAAUUCAGACAGAAUGACAAACCCUUUUCAUAUCGAUACAUACAUGUGGUUUGCUGCUGGGAAUGUUUUCAGCUUAGUAGUGGAAACAUUCCGAGGCAUAAUUAGCUGUUCCGCUGCGUAU